AUGUUGGUCAUUGAUGAUAUUGUCGACCGUGGCCUGACAAGACGUGGUCGUACCUGCUGGUAUCUCUCAAGCAAUACCAGUUCGAAAGACCCCAAUGCCAAGGUUGGAAACAUGGCUAUAUUCGAUGCCUGUAUGCUAGAGAAUAUGAUUUACGUUAUUCUGAAAAAGUAUUUCUCUCGCGAAUCCUACUAUGUCGACUUGAUUCACCUCUACUCCGAGGUCUGUCUGAAGACCUACCUUGGACAGAUGCUCGAUGUCUUGACUGAACCAACCGUUGGCAGUCUAGAUGGAUUCACCAUUGAAAACUACAAUAAAAUCGUUGAAUAUAAAACUAGUUACCUGGUUUUCUAUCUCCCGAUAAUGGCACCAAUGACACUGGUUGGAAAGGGAGGUACUCUUGACCAGAGUACCAAAGAUUUAAUCGUUUCAAUGGGAACCUACUUUCAGAUUCGUGAUGACUAUGAAGAUUGUUAUUUGGACCCAAAGUACAACGGUAAGAUCGGUAGAGAUGUCGAAGACAAUAAAUGUUCAUGGCUCAUUGUUCAAGCCGUAAAGAGAGCUAACCAAGAACAAUUGGAAAUUCUAAAGAACAACUAUGGCAAAGAUGAACCAUAUAGAGUUGCACUUGUCAAGGAGCUAUACAAUCAACUACAACUUGAGAAUGUAUUUAAAGAAUAUGAAAUCGAAUUUUUAUCUUUGACAAGACCCAAAAUUGAAAAUUCUACUACCAUUCCUCCAUCAGUAUUAUUAAGUAUACUUCAAAUUGAAUAG